GUCAAGAAUGAGUAGACUAAUUAGCUCACUACCUCCACCCCCUUCCAGCGGUUCUCCCAAUCUGCCUGCACUUGUUACUCUGUCCAUGGCCAUGCACUACUUGCCAGUUGCCUGCUGCCGUCUUUCAAAUCCAAUGGCUAAAUACAAAUCAUGAAUAAUUCUCAUUUUCACGAUUUCAUCAUCGAAUUAGCCCAUCAUUUCCUCAAACUCAAUUUUCUUUAGAUAGAUUGCAUUAUACAUUCUAGUAGUUGCGGUUUGUGGGGUGGUAGUUUAAUUAACAGAAGAAAAUGACCGGUACUAUGUGCUUUAGCUUUACCUGCAGACCUCUGCCCCUCUAUCUCUAUCUCAUCAAACUGCUUUUCUGCAUUGCUCUGAUAAUUCCUGGUACCAGUUCAUCGAACAGGGACGUCGUCGUUUUGCUUCGAGUCAAGGCCAAUGAACUGCAAGACCCCAGUGGUCUUCUCGCUGAUUGGCAGCAGUCCGCACCCAAUGCUCCCUGCAACUGGACUGGCAUUGGUUGUGACAACCAAACUAACGAUGUCGUUUCCGUUAAUCUCUCCAGCCUCAGCAUCUCAGGCUAUUUUCCGGCGGACUUUUGCCGGAUUCAGACUCUCCGCUUUCUGGACCUUUCCGGUAACUACUUCAACGGAACCCUCUCACCUGAAGCGCUCACUCUCUGCUCCCACCUGCAAUUCCUCAAUCUGUCCUCCAACUUGUUCGUUGGCGGGCUGCCGGAGCUUCAAACUCAGUUCCUCAACCUCACCACCUUCGACCUGUCAGGUAACAAUUUCUCCGGUGAGAUUCCGGCGAGUUACGGUUCCCGCUUACCCAACCUUCAGGUGCUCCGUCUUCUCUCCAACUUACUCAACGGGUCUAUCCCGGAUUUCUUAACCAAUCUCACCGAGUUAACUCGUCUAGAAAUCGCUGCCAACAAUUUCGGCCCAAGCCCACUUCCGGCCGACAUAGGCCGCCUCACCAAACUCGAAAAUCUCUGGUUUCCAUUUUCAAAUAUAAUUGGUUCAAUCCCAGAAUCAAUUGGAAACCUCAAAUCUCUUAAAAACCUCGACCUCUCCGUCAACAACCUCACUGGAAAGAUCCCAGAAAGUAUCGGAGGACUAAUUGCUGUCGAACAGAUAGAGCUCUAUUCAAACCAACUCUCCGGUGAAAUUCCAGAUACAUUUUCGAACCUGACUUCUUUAUAUAAUUUCGAUGCUUCAUCGAACAAUCUCACCGGAAGAAUACCAGAAAGUCUAACCGGUUUAGCUCUGCAAUCCUUCAAUCUCAAUGACAACAAUUUGGAAGGCCAAAUCCCAGAAAAUUUAGCUCUAAAUCCUUAUCUUUAUCAGCUCAAGCUCUUUAAUAACAGAUUAUCCGGCAAUUUACCGGUUAAUUUGGGAAGGAAUUCAGGCUUGGAAGAUUUUGAUGUAUCUGGGAAUUUUCUAGAAGGGCCUUUGCCUCCAAAUCUUUGUUUCAAGAAGCAGCUAGACAGAUUAGUUUUGUUUAACAAUAACUUUUCUGGUCCAAUCCCUGAGUCGUAUGGUGAGUGCAGUUCGUUAACGUACGUCAGGAUUUUCAGUAAUGAGCUGUCUGGAGUUGUACCUCCUAGUUUCUGGAGUUUUCCUGGGCUUACGAUUUUUGAACUCCGAAACAAUAGACUAGAGGGUGAAAUUCCUCCUACGGUUUCAAAUGCCCGUAAUCUAACAGGAUUUUUGAUAUCGGGCAACAGCUUUUCUGGUCAGUUGCCGGAGGGAAUAUGCGAGUUGGAACAGCUUCAAAUUAUAGACAUUAGCAGCAACCGGUUCUCAGGCAAACUGCCCUCGUGCAUAACCAAAUUGAACAAGUUACUCAAGCUUGAUGCCCAAGAAAACUCAAUCACAGGUGAAAUCCCGACCUCUGUUACCACUUGGACUGAUUUAACAGAAUUGAACUUAUCUGGCAAUCAAUUUUCUGGUACAAUUCCAGCUGAGCUCGGGGAGUUGCCUGAUUUGACAUACUUGGAUCUUUCCGAGAAUUUACUUUCUGGUGAGAUUCCAUCGGAUUUGUCAAAACUCAAGCUCAAUAAGUUCAAUUUAUCAAAUAAUAGGCUUCAGGGCAGAGUACCUAGUGCAUUCGACAAUGAAAUUUUCAUUUCAAGCUUAGUGGGCAAUUCGGAUUUGUGCAGUCCUGAUCUUAAACCUCUCCCUUCAUGCCAGAAAAGAAGACCCAUAAGCUUGGUUUUGGUGGGAAUUUUAUCAGCCUUGUCAGGAAUACUCGUCGUAUCAUUUCUAUGGCUAUUGAUCAAGUCAAAGAAGCUAAAUUUAUUUGCAGGUCGGGGCAAAAAAUCAUGGAAAAUGACUGCAUUUCAGCGACUGUGGUUCAACGAGGAAGAUAUUGUUGCCUUUCUGAGUCAAGAUAAUCUCAUUGCAACAGGCGGGUCGGGCCAAGUUUAUCGUGUCAUGUUGAAGAACGGGCCGACAGUCGCAGUCAAGAGACUCUGGGAUGCUAAUCGUGGACCAGAAUCUGAAGAGGUGUUCCAAUCAGAGGUGGAGACUUUGGGCAGAAUCAAGCAUGGUUGCAUAGUGAAGUUGUUGUUCAGUUGCUCUGGAGACAACUUUAGGAUAUUAGUGUACGAUUACAUGGAGAAUGGGAGCUUGGGGGAUGUACUACACGGAGAGAAAGGUGGGGUAUUGUUGGAUUGGCAUACGAGGUUCAAGAUUGCAAUUGGGGCUGCUCAAGGGCUGGCCUAUUUGCACCAUGAUUGCGUACCCGCAAUUGUUCAUAGGGAUGUGAAGUCUAACAACUUAUUGUUGGAUGAGGAAUUCAGGCCAAAGGUCGCUGAUUUUGGUUUGGCAAAAACUCUGCAUAAAAAUAUGGAGGAGGGCGGCCAACUCAUGUCUCAGAUUGCUGGCUCCUACGGCUAUAUUGCUCCAGAAUAUGCAUACACUCUGAAGAUCACAGAGAAGAGUGAUGUAUACAGCUUUGGUGUGGUUCUGUUGGAACUGAUUACUGGUAAACGGCCAAUCGAUCCCUCUUUUGGGGAGAAUAAAGAUAUCGUACAGUGGGUAAUGGAGGUGGCAUUGUCAUCUGCAGAACAACCAAUAGCCAACGAUACUGCCAAAAUUUGUGCUGACUAUUUGGAUCACCUUGUAGAUGCAAGGUUGAAACCAUCAACAUCUGAGCUUGAAGAGAUUAGGGCGGUCUUAGACGUCGCCCUUCAGUGCGUUUCAUCUCUUCCAAUGAACAGGCCCUCCAUGAGAAGAGUGGUAGAAUUGCUCAAAGACAAAUCCAGGGCCCGUUCUUAGCAAUGUAGUAUAUAGCACAUACAGUGUUGGUGUAUCACUAAAAAGGAAAAAAAAAGAAGAAGAAUCAUUGCGGUUUUGAAUCUGGCCUCGGUAUUGUUCUAGAAUGUAUAGGACUGUGCCAAUACCAACUGGAUAGCGACUAAGCAGAUGCUUGACAAUGUCUAAAAAGUCCUAGAAACUAUUCAGUAGCAAGUGCUAAAAGUUGACUAGCUCUACUUCUGUACGCUGUGAAUUAGAAAGGUAGAUAGAAGCACUGAAAAUUGUAAUACUAGAAGAUUCAGUACCAGAGUUGGAUUGCUGUAAAAUCUCUACUCUUUUGAUCGAGACAAAUGCAUGUAGUAGUGCUAAAGCUGGGUAUUUGUUCCA